AUGUUGUGCCCUCAUGCAUUCAGAUCUGAUCUAAGACCAGUUCUGAACCUCUCCUGGCCUGUUGGCAGUCUGUGGCCAGGUGUCAGAGCUCUGUUCUACCAGCAGGAUCUCCUGCAGUGGAACCAGGAGCUGCACAGCAGUCUGGAGCUGAUGGACAAACUUGAACAUCAGAUGCUGGAGGAUACGGAGCCUUUGAGGAGCAGCGUGGUCCUGCAGCCAGUCUCCUAUCAGCUGAACAAAGAGGGGGGACACUUUGGCCUGACCCUGGACACUCGAGGCUUUUCUCCAGAGGAGCUGGCAGGCAGGCAGGUGGGCAGGAAGCUGAGAGUCAGUGGGAACUCUCAGGAGGAGCAGAAAGGCUCGUACAGCCUGCAGGAGUUCAGACAGGAGCUUGAUCUGCCUGAAGGAGUGAACCAUGAAGCUGUCAGCUGCUUCCUGUCUCCAGAUGGAACGCUGCACAUCCUGGCAGACAAAGAUCCAAGAGUUCUACAUGUUUCUACUUUGACAGAGAAUUAUAAAAUAACAUUGGUGGAUUAA